CACAUCACCAUCACCACCAGCAAUACUGGCACGAGGCCCCCCGCAUUCUCAUAACUUCACCUUCCAUCAGCGCGUAGUUUCCGUUCGCCACGUCAUUUUCCACCUGCCCGAACCAACCAAGUCUCUCGUAUCGACAGCCAUGUGCACGUUCUCACGGCUCGCUACAUUGAGAGCAACUGACGGGUUCCUCGGCUCGAGAAUGGUCUCUCUUGCUGCUGCUCUGUCCCGCCAUCCCAGUCGCGCUGCAAGACGGGAGGAGCGGGAGAUUGGGUAGAGACGGCGGGGGCACGGAUGGAGGACUGCAUGGAGGUUGCGCGGACGGGCGGACGGCCCAUGGGAGAUGGUCCGACGGAGAUCAGUGCGAGCGGGAUGAGCGCGCGGAUGCUGGCGGAUGGGGCGGAUAGGGCGAAUGGGGGACUGCUUGAAGGAGUGUCGGGCUGGAGUGAGCAUCGGGCUUUGGGUCGUGACAAGGUGAGGCAGGGUCGUGACAAGGUGAGGCGGGGUCGUGACAAGGUGAGGUGGUGUGACAAGAGGGGUGGAUGGGGAGCGGACUUUGGCGGGAAGAUGGAGAAAAGGCGAUGGAGAACGAUGGAGCUGGGCAGAACGAUGUGCAAACGGCGUUGUUUCUACUAAUCUGCAAAUCGUACCCGUUUUUCCUCAGGGCUACCCGUUUUUCCUCAGGGCUACCCCCAAAGUGCAGCACCGGACCCUCGGUUCCACUUCUCCUCCCUCUUCUCACCCUCUUUCUCUCCCGCCUUCUCCCCCCAGGAUUCUAUUUAUCAGACUUUUUUUGUCUGAUUUUCUGAAUCUGGAAACUGCAACUCCUAUUAUGAAGACACGUUGUGUAUGAAGUUUUACAUAACU